GUGCUCUGUACAUUAUGAUUUUAUCAGAUGUUUGAAUUUUUCUCAAGAAUAUUUUUAACAACUCUCCUUCAGCUCAUUUAUAUGACAAAACAGAAGGAGCUUUUGGCUUCCAGUAGCUUUCCUGCAAAUAACAACAGUCAAGGAGCGUCGUCUCUGUCUGCAUUUCCAUCGGGAGUGACUCCAUUGAACAACCAGCUUGGAAUAACACAGAGGUCAAUGUCACCUGGAUUAUCAUCACAGCCUUCGUCUCUUGGUCCAGCCAAUUCCAGCCAAGCAGGAACCACCCAAAAUCACCUGGAACGCCUUCUCGAGAAACUGACUGAGUUGUUCCCACAACAUAACAGGGACAUGAUGAUCGUCUUUCUGCGGCAGGUCCGGAUGAUGAACAAUAACUCCUUGUCUGGACUAUCCUUUGAACAGAUCAUCAGUCAGGUAUCAGCCCUGAUCAAGAACCAUCAGCCACACCUUGGGAAUGUAAAUCUGGACUUUGCAAGCCUUCCCGCUGAUCCGACAAUGGCUGCUUGGAGGAACGUCUCAAAAGAUCCCCAGGAGGAGGAAGAAUCAUGUGUCAUUUGCCAAGAAGAAUUAACCAGCAAUCGUCUUUUUGUGAUGAAGUGUGGGCACAAAUAUCACCGAGAGUGCAUCUCUUUGUGGUUAAAGGAUCAGAAGACAUGCCCAAGUUGUACAUUGAGCUUUGCAACCUCCUUCUCGCAAUCCUAACCAUGUAGCAAGAAUCCGUCACCCUUGACUGCAGGCUGGCCCAUCUGGGGAUCCAUUCACUGGCCGUUGUUUUCCUGUGAAUGUGAUAGAAGCAAUGCGGUUGCAGAGGAAGAUGACAUGAUGCGUCACCCGCUGAUGGAUUAAUUGGGACCAGUAUGCACCUCGGACUCAUUGACAAGUCCCUAUCACAGGAGAGCCUACACACUGCGGUUAUUUUCUGAAUAGCAUGCUGAUUCCUUGACCAUCCGAAACUGAAGCAUUUUUUAAUAUGGGGGAUGGAAAGUAAUCAUUGGCAGUUUGAUAAUUAAAGGUUGUUGUAAGGUUCAUUGUUGAUUGGGUGUUACAUUCAUUUUGUGCUGAGGUGGAUCUGCUUUGUUUUA